CUGCUGCCCUUCAUCCUAAAAAAAUAUUCUACAAGCCAACUCAACGUCUUGUCUCGACCAUAAUUCUCCUAUCCUUGUUAUUUAUUCCGUCGCCAGUCCAAUUGGCUAGCAGCAAAAGGCCCGCAGAGGCCCUUUGCUGUUUUCAAACUCCGCCUGCAUGUUGCCGCCCCAGCUGCCUCGCGAUUCGCCAUACACUCGCUGCUACUGUGAAGAGAACAUAUACCUUCUCGCGCAGAAAUUCAUAUCCGAUUCAGGAGUGAACGGUGACUGGAACAUAUAUGUCGUUUUCAUUUCCAAUGAUUCCAAGACCGUGGCCCUUCGGAACCAGAAGGAUGCGCCCCAUGAAGAUUUUCCGGUCUGCUGGGACUACCACGUAGUGCUGUUAUUGCGGAGCAUCUCGAUAUAUCCCCCUUCCGACACGGAAAACUGCAAUUGGGUAUACGAUUUCGACACUAGCCUGCCGGUACCUGUGCCUUUAGCAGAAUACCUCCGUCAAACUUUCAGCGACCAAUUCCCCGAAAAUUUUCAGAGUUUGUUCCGUCUUGUACCCGGUGAGAUAUACCUCCAGUAUUUUGCCUCGGACCGCUCCCAUAUGGUCCACGGAGAUGGUUCGUUCUCGUCUCCGCCACCUUUGUAUGCCCCGAUAUACGGAACCAAAACUCUUGGCAGAGGCAUCCGCUCCAAUUUGAUGAAGAGCUUCGUCUGCAUGACGCCCUCGGAUGACACGUUUGGCAACGUUUAUAACCUCCAUAAUUUCGAACGAUGGGCACGCGAGGCAUCAAUGAUGGUGGCUGGCGGCAGUCCACAAUUACAGGGAUCCCGAAACGUAAAGGACACUGCAAGCUGCGAAUGAAUUUCGGGCUGCGAGAAGCGGAAUAACAAUAGAACUUACA